AUGGAAGCAUCAGUGCAUGGAACUGAGACCACCAUGCAGCUUCGCAUCUAUCCAACGCGCGUGUGGCCUUCUCAAAUAUUGCAUAGCAUUUAUUUUUGUAAAAAGAAAAGAGCGAACAGGAAAAGAGAGAAGCCACCCCACCCCUUUGCCACACCGGGCUUUAGCCCACCCCAACAAGCCGGCCCACCUUCCCCGCGCGGUCGAUCCCCUCCCUCACUGCUCCUCCGACCGGGGCGCGUCCCCGCCGGACCGAGCGCCGCCCCGUACUGCCACGUCGCCGACGGGAGGAUAAGGCCGCCCCCCUGGCGCCUCGGUUCCCCCCUGGCCUCACUCCCGCUCUCAUCCACUUCUCCCCUCUCCCAGGCGUUCCCCUCUUUAGUUCAGCCCCACUCCCGAACGCCUCCGUCGCCAUUGUUGCCGUCGAUCUCGCGGCCAUCGUCGCCCCCACGCCGAGCUGGGAGGUCCCGCGGAACCGCUGUCGUCUGCUUCGUCUUCCUCGCCCACGAGCUCAAGCCCGGAGCCACCGCAUCGUGCGGAUCGAGCUUCAUCUUCCUCGAUCGCCGCCGGCGUUCUUCCUCAAGUUCGUCCAAUCCUGCGCUCCUAAGCUUCCACCGGGCCUACUUGUGCCUCCACGACCCCGAGACGGCUGCCGAUGCCACUAUGUUCGACUACAUCACCGACGACCCUCCCUGUCUGAGCAACCAGAUGACGGAGUCCAGGAGCCAGAUGCCACCUUUGAUGACUGCUACUACCCCGAGGGCGCCUACUACCACGUGACGGAGACCAUUGAUGACCAGGAG